AUGCCCCAGAACGAGCACAUCGAGUUGCAUCGCAAACGCCAUGGUUACCGCCUCGACCACCAUGAGAGGAAAAGAAAGAAGGAGAGUCGUGAGGUCCAUGAGCGAUCCCAGAAAGCCAGAAAACUUAUAGGUUUGAAGGCCAAACUGUACCACAAACAGAGACAUGCAGAGAAGAUCCAAAUGAAGAAAACCAUCAAAAUGCAUGAACAGAGGAAGACUAAACAGAAAAAUGAUGACAAGACUCCUGAAGGCGCCGUACCAGCAUAUCUGCUGGACAGAGAGGGGCAGUCUCGUGCUAAAGUUCUUUCCAACAUGAUCAAACAGAAAAGAAAAGAAAAAGCUGGCAAAUGGGAAGUUCCUUUGCCCAAAGUACGAGCACAAGGAGAAACAGAGGUUCUCAAAGUCAUCAAAACAGGAAAACGACAGAAGAAGGCCUGGAAGAGAAUGGUCACCAAAGUCUGUUUCGUCGGUGAUGGAUUCACACGAAAACCACCUAAAUAUGAGCGGUUUAUUCGACCUAUGGGUCUGCGCUUUAAAAAGGCUCACGUCACUCAUCCAGAGCUGAAAGCCACAUUCUGCCUUCCUAUUCUGGGCGUGAAGAAGAACCCGUCGUCUCCGCUCUACACGUCACUCGGAGUCAUCACAAAAGGAACAGUCGUCGAGGUCAACGUCAGCGAACUGGGACUAGUCACACAAGGAGGAAAAGUUGUCUGGGGUAAAUAUGCACAAGUGACGAACAACCCGGAGAAUGACGGCUGCAUCAAUGCUGUUCUGCUGGUUUAA